AAGAAGAAAAAGUCAUGUUUUGAGGUUCGGUUUUCUUUGAGUAAACUAAGUAAACCUGAAAUAGUUCAUUUUCAUAAGUCAUUAAGAAAUACAUUUUUUUUAAUGGCGGAACGUAUAAUACCUAUCCAAAUCGAACAAGAAGAAACUCACGAUGAGAAUGUCAUCCGACUAUCGGAACCAAUGGAGCAGCUGGUUAUUGAACAAGGACCAGUUCCAGUCCAAAUUCAGGAGGAUGAGAUUGAAGAAAACGAUGAUGUUGAGAAAUAUUUCAAAGAAUUUGAUCUGUUUGAAGGGCGGAAUGAAUAUUCUCUAAUUAGUGCUAAUGUUCCGGAAAAAAUUAUUUUGAUAAUUGACAGAGCACAAGAUGAAAAAUGCACACCUUUUCUUACCGAAAAAUCAAAGUUUUCGCCUCUUAGUAUGCUGAGAAGAAUUGUUAAACUGUUUCUGAAAUUGAAACAUAUGAUUAAUGCAGAUCACGAGUUUGCUUUGAUGGUUUUGAAUGAAAAUGAUUCUAGUUGGCAGUGUGAUUUUACACGGGAUCCAAAAAAGUUGAAUUAUAAUAUUGAUAGAAUCAAGCAAUGUGAUGUUGAAGAUUCUUUCAGUCUAAACUCCUUAUUCACCGAGAUAAGCAAUCAUGUACAACUUCCAGAUUUUGACAAUCAACUUCCACCAAGAUAUAUAAUUCGCCCUAUAAUACUCUAUGGUAGAUCCUACACUAUCCCAGCUCUGGAAUCAAAUGCUGAAAUCAGUAAAUUAUUGAACAACCCAUACUUUGUGGUUGACACUCUAUUUACUCAUGAGCCUGUAGACAGAAGUAACAACUGUAAUAAAAUAUCUGAAUGUUUACAAAAAAUUGAUCAAAAAGGCCUAUCUUACUUUCUGCCCGUCGGCAGAGAUACAUCUAGGCUUCACAAAUCUAUGGCUAAACUAUUGGGACAUCCGUUACAAAGGCCCGUUCAGAAAUUGCAAAAAAUUUGAAAUUUCUAGUCUGAUGACUUAACCUCGUAUACAGUCCUUUUUUAUAUAUAUAAAAAUAAUGUAAUAAAACGUAUAUACUUGAAUCAAAUAAAUAUUUUGUUGCUGCAAUUUAAA